GGUUGUAAAGGGAAAACGCGGUCAGGUUUGUAAGUCUAUCACUUUUUUGUCGACAUUUAUAACAUGCUAAGAUAAAAACAAGCUUUUAUUUUAAGAUUAUGAUCGAUUGUUUGGUUGUAUCGACACUUUUACUUGAGUAGUUGCAGCCAUAUGGAAGUUAAUUAAAUCGAGAGUUCAUAUGCAUCGGGGGAUUUACUCCGUUGGCAACUCCAGCCAAAUGAUCGAGUUGCUCGUUACAACUGACUCCCAUUCUAAAUCGUAACGGAUUCUAAAUCUCCUACCAGUACCUAUGGUUGUAAUUAUCAGAUUGCCUUGGUCAUACUUCAACACUGUUUGUUGUCUAUCACUUUCAUUACAGGAUAUAAGCGUAUUUUGUGCGUUUAUUGAAUCGUUGGCUCAUUUUUCUUGUUCUUUCCUCCUUCGGCUUUCGUCGCGCACACUCUUCUGGCACUUGAGUGCAUUCAGACUGAACUCAUGCCACCACAGCUAACUUUUAUCUUACGCCCUGUAGUUAUUUUUUUGUACUUCUCUACUUGUAUUUAUUUUUCGAGUCAGUGUACAUCAACCUAGUGCAAUAGUUCUUUUCAUCAUCUCCAUUAUUAUCUAUCAAGAAUGGAUAAUUUACAGUUGUCGAAACAGUUAAUCAUUCAAAGUCAAACAAAGCUCUUGUCUUGUUCAGUGCGCCGAAAGCACCUUUGGUAGACUGUAGAUUGAAUCAUUUCAACCAAGGUUAUAUUUUAAGACCCUUGCAUUAAACUUGCAUAUAUGUUAUGUUCUGCGUACAAGGUGACCUAGGAUAGUUAUCAUGAUUUAUCACACACAUUUAUUGUCUACAACAUUUUAAAUGUAUUAACCAAUGUUGCUAUUUUAGUUUAAGUGGGUCAAGAAAUAAAUUUAGACUUGAUCUUCCUUUUCUCGCACUCGGAUAAAGAAAACUCAGGACACGGAGGGUGAAUUUAUAAGCCAGCAACGGACAAAACACCUGUGGCAUACAAGUUUUCUCAUCAAGUAACUAACUCCUAGAACCUACUACUGGAAGAAGUGUUGUCCAUACCUUCAACUAAGUCAUUUGAAAGAAUAGACAUUCACAUAACCCUUCUAAAACGGGACUAGUACGUACUGCCGGCAUUCUUUCAAGAUAAGCAAUCCAAGUCUUGGUAUUCUAUUUAUGGACAUGUAUUUACAUAAAGUGUUCAUAAGUUCUUCAAAGUAGCUGUGAUUCAUAUCACACAAAGCCACAUCCAUCUCGUGACCGAAAUCACUACAUUAGACCCUGUCGAAAGUCUGAUAUAUUGGAAAAUACAUUGGUUAUAUGGGUAUCUGUUGGUGUACAUCAAGCUGUCCAAAAGAUUGAAUUUGAAAUCAUUUACGCCUGUUAUCUUCAGGCUUAUGUAUUGACCUUUAAACAUGGUGUGCAUUCGUUCUUUCAGACGUACAAACUCCGCCUAACACUACAACAUAUGUUUGCGGUCCUAGUGUAGAUAUGUUCACGUUGAACACACCCUGAAACUAUUUGUCAUAUAACAGGUGUCAAAAGAUAUGCCCUCCAGUUCUCAACUGUUUUGUAGCAUUUCUAAAAUUCGGACAUAUGUCAUUGGAUAUAUCUUAGGUCCCCUUUUCACUCGACUAUCGUCGUGUACCAUACAUUUGAGGUCCUUCAGUGUUCUUUGACUAAAUUUACUUAACCACAGUUUAUUUUCAUAGUCUCCGGAUAUGGUUUAUAACUAUGAAUGGGCUGCUUGGUGCAUAAUUUCACGUACACAGUUAUCCAUGUAAAUCAACCAAAAUGAUUGACGUCGAUCAAGUAGUCAACCGCAAAUACGCAACAUAAAACCUGGCACAUAUAUACAUUAGUUUAAGUUUCUAUAUCCUGUUAGCACAGCAACAUGAAAUUGUUAGAGCAAAUCCCAGUGUAGAAAGUGUAGCAACAGUAUUAGUGGUAAUAGAAAAGGCUAGGUGUUGAAAAUACAAUUUGAGACUUCAUACUGAUCGGAAAAGUUGGUAUUAAAAUUUUUGGAGUUAGUCAGGCUUUCCGAAAAAUACGGGACUAUCAUGCACUAUCACUCCAGAAGGUUGAGACGAUAGGUGGAACACCCUGAAGAACAGUUCAACUGCUCUCUAGUCGUCUACUCUUACUAAGGACCAUGGAUGGAAUAUCGACAUUAGUCUCUCAACUCUUAAUGAAUUAGAGAAAGCCAUAGCUAAUCUAAAGUGAAGUUUUAUUCAUUUUAAUUAUAGUCAAAAUAUGUUACAAAAAUAAGUUUAAUAUGGUCAAGGGUACAUUCACAUAGGUUGAAGACUUUAAACUACUUUUAAGACGAAACUAGCUACCUGUCUCGAUAAAUCACUCUGAUUUCAACUAUUUGAUAUUAUUUUGAAAAUAAUCAAGCACUUGUUUGUGUCGGCUGUUCAAUGUUAGAAUGCUCGCCUGUCAUGCAGGCGGUCCGGGUUCGACUCGUGACCGAUCCACAUCGUUUGCCCCCAAAUGCCUUGGUUUAUUUAUUUUAUUUAUUUAAACACAUAAAUGUUGGUACAAAAAAGCACCAGAUAAAUAUGCGCCUCACAAAUCUCAUUUGGUUUGUGUGAGGGCUGGGAUACUGCCCAGGGGCCCAAACUGAAGCAGGUGGUUUUCUUAGGGAGCCACAUCCAGAGCCUUUGACCUGAAGGUCUAGUGCACAAGACAGUGGAGCAUCGUGAGGAGAUGCACUCCCAUGGUAGCCAGUGAUCAAUGAUUGAUUCGUACGCCACUUGUUCCUUCAGGAUACUGGAUCCAGCCCAUGUACGCCAUUUGUUUGGAAUGAGGGUUUUCCAACUCCCCUAGGUGGACUCGCCGUGUCCACCAACCAGGUUAAAGCGCCGGACAUUCGCUUUUCGUCCUCUCAAUUUCGUAAACAACAGUAGUGCCACGAGAAGGUAGUGAGUAGAACUUCCCUGACAGAGGCUAUAUAUUCGCUGGCCAUGUAAGAGUAUUUCGAGAGGGAGAGCAGACUCUCCCCACUCUCACAUGACCACGCGUAUACAGCCACUGACAUGAAAGUAAUAAUCACUGCCUUCUUGAGGCGUGGGUGUUGUUUACGAAAUUUAGAGGACGGAAAGUGAAUGCCUGGCACUUUAACCGGAUUGGUGGAUAUGGGGUAUCCACCUAAAGGAGUUGGAAUACCCUCAUUCCGCACUAAUGGUGAAUAUGGGCUCCAGAAUCCUGAAGUAGCGAAUGGAGUAUGAACCAAUUGUUGGUCACCGACCACUAUGGGACUACAUCACCUUACAUUGUUCUACUACCCUGUGGAUCAGACCUUUAGGUUGAAGUCUCUGGGUGUGGCCACCUAAGAAAACCACCUGCUUCACUUUGGGCACCCGGGUAGUACCACGUCCUACACACAAAUCAAGUGACUUUGUGUAGCGCAUGUGUAUUCAGUGCCGCUUCAUAUCAAUAUUUAUGUGUUCAAAUAAAUAAAUAAACUUCAUGUUUUAUCUUCAUCGAUUAGUUUCUCCUUUGAAUCAGGCACGCGUUUUGUCAUUAUUUUAUAUCGCGUUAUUCUUUUCUCGUUUCCAUACGAACGUAUCACUAUAACUUAUAUAUUCUCAUGUUAUUACAUUGCUGAUUCCCAAGUUUAUUUCUGUUUAAAUCAUAUUUAGAAUUUGUGAAAAUUUAUUCAACACCAUCAUUCAUACCAGUUUAAAACUGGCAUGGUGUCAUUAAUAAAUUAGAAGAGAUCAAAGACUUCCUUUUUUCAAUUUUCCUGACUCAUCACCUUCGCUUCUUUUUUCUUCUAGUAAGAAAUUAUGAAAAAGAAAAGAUCAGUUGCUACUGAAUUAGUUCAACGUGCUUCAUCAGUCCUACCAGCAUUUACUGAUAUAUUUGAUGAAGAAACAUUUUAUAUAUUUUUUACUUGUCUUGUUAUUUUAUCUUUUAUAAUAGCAUUUAGUAUAGCAUGGUAUUUUGAUGUCACUAUUAAAGAUGCUGAUGAUUUAAAAUCAUCAAAUAAAAAAUCAAAACGACACUAUUCAACCAAUCGCUUAAAAUAACUACUUAUUUGUUUGUUUUCUCCCGGAUAUUUUUUGUUCAUUUUAUCAUAUUACUUAAUUUUCUUACGCUUGUUACUCCCAAUGGAGUAUAUAGGCCGCCGUUCAGCAUAUUACUUAACCCCUAUAAUAGUUAAAGUUAAUGAUGUUGUAUUUUAUUCUAGUCAAUUGAAAGUCUUUUGUUGAAUUAUUUUCCUCCCAUAUUCGUGCAAUAUGUAUAUUUGAGUCCACUUACCUUAUUCUUACUGUCAUUAUCUAAUAAUGGACUUUUAUUUACUUCAAGUAUAUUGUGAUAUAAUUAGUAUUGGAUCAUCUUAUUCAAGGGUUAACAUCACUAAAUGUUUCUUAUUUAACUGUUAAUUUAUAUAAAUAAGAAACUAGUACUAUUGUAUUUUAAUAUAAAAAGAAAUACAUGUAUUCUCAUACU